AUGUGUUAUAUAGACGAUGAAACGAGAUUUAAAGAAGCUGCAGAAUUUUUACAGCUUCAAGGAUUUAAUUCUGUAAAAAGAGAACCUUCCAGUAAUCCUAGAGCAGAGAGAGUUAUCACACAGGCUCCAAUUGUGCCAGUGAUAUGUAUAUCAGAUGAGAGCAAUAGCAGUCCUAGCAAAUCAGACACAGAGGAAAUAAUUAAACCUAGGAAAAGGAUGAAACUUAAUAAGUCUGCAGGAAGCAGGAGUGAAUCAGUAGGAAGCUGCAAUCAUCCAAACGGGGACGUGUCCUUCAAUUUCCUUAUAGAUAACACUUUGAAUAAUAAUGAAAUUGUUGGCGAUCAUCAAUCAUAUAAACAUACCCAUAAUAAAACUCGAACUCGUCCAAUAGCACCCCUGAUUGUCGAUAGUAAUAAUAGUGAUGCAGAACUGGAAGACUCAAGCCCUGAUUUUUGUUAA